GAAGGACUCUCUAGAUCUGCUGAGACAGAAAUUAGCCAUAUGCUAAUGCAACUCAUAUAUGGGUAGACUGAGACUUUCAGCUUGGAGGCAGCAGAACAGUAUUCUCAGACCAUCAACAGCUUAGAAACCACAAAUACCUGAGGCAAAGGGAGACUUUUACCAUGGAGUCCCAGGGAUUAACCCACCAUCAGCUAUUUGCCAAAACAUUUAAACCUACAGACUCAACAAUAUUCAAGUCAGUGGAGCAUGUUCCUGAAACCAUCACACAUGGCUGUUAUGUUCCACAACCUCUAUCAAAAUUAGUCAAAUGUGGAGCUAAACAUUUAGAAGAAGGUUUUCCAACGAUAAAAGGAGAUCCACGCACUUUAAACUUUAUCACCCAAUACAAAGAUGCUUAUAAGAAACAUCUUCACCAGCGUGUGCAGCCUGUUGGAAAGCAUUUCUCCAGCAUCACUAUAGGUGACCCUGGGAAAGGUUCAGAAACAAAGACAAUGUACAGAGCAUCCUACCCCCAGCUCAAUCUCACCAGUUUUCGCAGAGAGCCGAAGAAGAAAGAUAAUACGGUGCUCAACCAGAGCGAUGUCUUUAAACGCGGCCUGACCUCGACCUUCAAAGAUGACUUUAGAGCCCACAAAGUUGACCUUCAGGGAAUCUCCUCCCAGCAGUUUACUGGUCACCAGAGAGCUACUAGCAACUUUCAACCAAAAAUAAGCAUCCAGUCGCUGGAAGAUAUUCCUAAAAGCAUGACACAAGCCAGCUUUAUUCCACAUCCACCAUCAAAACUGGUAAAACCCAAAGUCAGUCAUUUAGAAGAAGGUUUUCCAACAAUAAAAGGAGAUCUACGCGCUCUCAACUUUCUCUCCCAAUACAAAGACACCUAUAGGAAGCAUCUUGUCCAACCAGUAGAGCUAGCUGAAAGGCAUUACUCCUCUGUCUGUAUGGGUAAUCCUGCAAAGGGUUCAGAAACACAGACAUCAUAUUCAUCGGCAUUCCCUCAGAUCUCUGUCAACAGCCCAACAAAGCCGAUAAUUCAGGAUGAGUUGAGACCCAGAUAUGACUACAAAGACAGCUGGGCCACCUCCUUCAGAGAUGAAUUUAAAUCCCACAAAGUUGAGCCUAUUGUCAUAGUAAAACCAGCCCAGUGUGCCAGCUAUCUGCCCUUUGUUGACACUAACAAGGAGCAAAGCGGAGAAAAGAUUCAUGUCACCACCAACAGCAUCUUCUUCUCAAGUCAGAACGGCUCACAGCCUCCAACGAGUUUACCUGAUCCCGGCUUGAUUACGAAAAGUAACGUCUAUUUUGGCCCAGAAAGUGUGUCAACAGAAAGCUACAAACCCCAAAAAACUGAGCAGAGCAUCCAACAGGAAGUAGAUCAACCCAAAGUAACUACCUAUCCGAAGAGUAACAUUCUGACCGGACCAGAUUUGGGGCCAAAAAUCACCAUCACAAUGGCUGAAUACAAGCCUAAGAAGAUCACCCUACAGCAGCAGUGUGAGUCGCAGCAAAAGACCAACUUCAAGUUCCCGCUGGGCGACAUGGAUUUCAGCACAAACCACAAGGAUGACUACAUUGUGAGACCGUUGUUCCCGCCGCCUGCUCAGUACGACCAGCGCUACAGCAAUGUGAAGCUGAGAUGACUGCGAAUCAAAGCAGGAUUUCAAUUCCUAAUAAAUAUUUCUGAACAGUUUUAAAACAGUAAGAAGCAAA